AUGAAAGAUGGCUCUAGAUUGAGCAUAUCGUGCCCAAAUCCAAUCAAAGACUACAAUAAAUAUAUGGGUGGAGUUGAUCACGCAGACAGAUUGAGAGCAUUAUAUAACGUUGACCGUAAAUCCAAAAAGUGGUGGCUUAGGAUUUUUUGGGGACUGUUAGACAUAACGUUAGUAAAUGCAUAUGUCAUUUAUUGCGAAAUGUUUGAAAAAACUGAUGUAUUUGAUUUCCGUCGAUCAGUUGCCCUUGGUUUGAUGACAGCUCGAAAUACACCAUCAAGAAAGUCUAUAAGUCAGAAAAGAUCAACUCCACAAACGCCAUCAAAUCGAAGAAAGAAAACUUUAACGAAUUCCAAAGACGUCAGAUUAGGCAACAGAGGUAUUCAUUGGCCACGGUUUGGUAUAAAGAGAGGUAGAUGUGAACUUUGCAGUGUUCGAGGAGUAGAGUCCCGGCCACUUUCUUCGUGUAACCACUGCCGAGUAUUUCUGUGUUGCAAUGAAAGGAAAAAUUGUUUUGUAGAAUACCAUCAAGUUGAUAUCGAAUAA